GACAAGCUUUAUUAUAAUGAGGGAAAGAACAUUAGACAAUGACUUUUCUGCCCUCGUCCUUAGCUGGAUCUAAUCCCACCACUCUCUCCAGCUGUGAACCCAAUUGCAUCUCCUCUGUCGAAACCCAAUCUGUUUAUUCGAGUUGAGAAGAAGAAGAAGAAGAUGAUAGCUGUGAUUGGAUUGCUUCUGGGUUUUCUACUUUCAGCAUUGUUCUCGAUCCAAGCGAAGCGAAGAAGAUCAAACGACCAUCAAGAGACGAAGCGAUAUCCUGUAGAUUUAAUUCCUAAAAGCUACAGCAAGAGUGAAGUCGCAGAGCAUAACAAAAGAGACGAUUGUUGGAUCAUAAUCAAAGACAAAGUCUACGACGUUACUUCUUAUGUGGAAGAGCAUCCUGGUGGUGACGCCAUUCUAGAUCACGCUGGUGAUGAUUCUACUGAUGGGUUUUUCGGACCGCAACACGCGACUCGUGUUUUCGACAUGAUCGAGGAUUUCUACAUCGGACAACUUCGCAAGUAAGAGAGGAAAAAAACAAGAACAUAACUUGAGAUUUGUGUCGUGUUUCUUUGUCUGUUUGUGUUUUUAGUAGUUUCAUUGUAAUGCAAAGUUUCAUCCUUUCUGUGUUGGGUUUAAGCUGAGAGUGAGCUUCUGACCUAUGCUCUGUUUCAAUUGUUCUGAAUCUAUCAGUUUUGGUACGUUGGUUUAGAGUUAAAGAGACUGCUCAGAAAGCUUAUGUGAUGACUUCUCCUAUCUGAGAGGAAACAAGUCUUUAGAAGUUCCAUUGUAAUGAAAAGACUCCUCCUUUCUGUUAA